AAAACUCAAGUAUUUUGCACCAAACUAAUACUUGUUCUCAUUCUCUCUGCCAACACACACAAACACACCUCUCUAUCUCUUCCUUAUCUCUUUAUUUAUGUGUAUAGGUGAUCAACAAUCAACACUAAAAGCUUAAGGCAUAUGGAAGUUGUAAAUAUGAGAGACAAAGUUGAAAAUGAGCAAACUAGCAGCACUUAUAACAUGAUCAACAAACAAGAAGCAAUACUACAAUUAGAAGAAACAACCAACCACAACACCUCUCCACCACCAACGGCCACCGCCUCUCCGCCCUCGGCAUCGGCAUCUCCAACACAUGACUUCUCAUUCACUAUCUCUCUCCAUCCAAAUCCACCAUCAAAACAAGAUGGCCAUAAUAAUAAGUAUUAUAAUGAUCAUACUUACAAUGACAAACACCAUAACACUACCAGCUGUACUACUAGUACUACACCACCAUCCGAACCGUUGACCGCCAUUGACUUAUCCCCGGCUGAUGAUAUCUUCUUUCAUGGCCAUCUACUCCCUCUUCACCUCCUCUCUCAUCUUCCAAUAUCCCCACGUUCAUCAACAAAUUCUAUGGAUAGUUUUACCUUACCUAUGAAAGAUAUCCUAAAAGACCAAAACAACCCUAUUGGCAAUACUAGUUUCCAUUACCAUCAUAGGAACACUUUCUCAGAUUUCAACUUGCCAAACACCAACAAUGUCAAUUAUAAUCAACCUAGACCAAAGUCGAAAUCUUUUUCAAUCUUUAACCGACCCAAAUCGAAAAAAGAUGAAAAAGAAGGAGACCACAAUGAAGAUCCAAAGGCCAAGAAAAAACUCAAACUAGAAGUCACACAACUCAUCAAAAGGUACAUGAAAAUGGUGAGGCCAAUGUUGUCAUUUCAAAAGACGAAUAAUAAAAGAUCCAAUAAUAAUAAUAAUAAUACCGAAAUAUAUAACCGGCAACAACCACAUUCGUAUUCUGGAAACAUGGUGAGCUCUAGAAGUAAUAAUAACAAUAGGAGUUUGCCAUUAAUUAGGCGAGGUGAUCAGUUUUCCGCUCCAGCAUCUAUGAGAACAUCUCCAGGUAAUAGUGGAGUGCUGCUUGCUUCAUCAGGAACAAUAAGUCCAUCAGCCAAAAGCAGCACAAGUGAUAGUACUAUGGAAGAAUUGCAAGCUGCCAUUCAAUCUGCUAUUGCUUAUUGUAAGAAUUCCAUUGCAAUGGAUGAUACUAAAAUUAUUCAUGCUGCUUAAUUUAAACAAAACACACACACACACAUAUAUAUUCUACUACACUUUUAGGGGGGAAUUUAAAGGCUUCUCCAAUUUUUAUUCAAGUUUUUAAAGUAUAAUCAAUCUUUUGUGUAUAUAUAUGAUAGUAAAGUAAUAAUAAUCUUGUUGCUAUCCCA